AUGAAGCCAACAAUCUCCUUUCUACUAAUUGUGACCUUACUUUCUCCAACCACAGCUCAAGUAGCAGUACCGCAACUUCCAACGAUCACUCAAGAAGACGUUCAGAAGUGGUUUGCAGAACAACUAGACAGGUAUCAUUUUGAAAACUUGGCGCGUCCGGACACAUACCAGCGAAUUAGUUAUGACGUUGAGAGAAUGAUUAAAGCUGCUCAGAAUCCAAAUGCUCCAAAAACUGACGAUUGGACGCCUUCGAGUUGGUCUGACAUCUUUGGACCUCGUACGAAACCAUGGACUCCUCCAUAA